AUGGAUAAUUGUUAUUAGUAGAUUGAAAUAUUUAUUUCUGGAAGAUAAUUAAAAGACUUGGAUUAUUUUAGCAAGUCUGAUCCAUUUGUAAUAGUCUUUAUAAAAAAUAAUAACUAAUGGAUAAAAAUUGGUAGAACAGAAACUAUAGAUAAUAAUUUAAAUCCUAACUUUAAGAAAUCCUUUUAACUUGAUUAUGUAUUUGAAGUAGUUUAACCAAUAAAAUUUGAAGUAAGAGAUGAUGAUGGUGAUACAUCAGAAUUAAUUGGUUAAAUAGAAACAACAAUAGGUGCAUUAUUUGGAGCAAAAAAUUAAACAUCAAUUUUAGAACUUGGAAAAUAAAGAGGGAAACUUAUUAUUAGAUGUGAUAAGAUAUAGGAAGGCAAUGAAUUUAUGAUAAUGAAAUGGACUGGAGUGAAACUUAUGAAUACAGAUGGUUGGUUUGAUAAAUCUGAUCCAUUUUUAAAAUUUUAUAGACAAAGAGAUGAUUUAACUUACAUUUAAACACAUGAAACUGAAGUUAUUAUGGAUAAUUUAAAUCCAUUAUGGAAAUUAUUUGAAAUAUAAAGUGUUAAAUUAGCAUAAUCAAAUGAUAAAAAGAUAAAGAUAGAAUGUUGGGAUUGGGAGAAGAGUGGUAAAAAUUAAUUUAUAGGAGAAUUAAUAAUUACAAUAUAAGAUUUAUAAUAAAACAAAGAAUAUUAAUUAACAAACCCUAAACAUAAAAAUCCAGGAAGAUUAAGAUUAGAUUAAUUUAGUACAUAUAUUAGACCAAGUUUUCAAGAUUAUGUAUAAUAAUAAAUAUAAUAAUUAAUUAGAUUAGAGGUGGAUUAUAAUUAAAUUUAAUGGCUGCAAUAGAUUUUACUGGUUCUAAUGGAGCACCUCAUUAACCAGGAAGUUUGCAUUUUCGAUCACCACAUUAACUAAAUUAAUAUUAAAUUGCUAUUAAUGCAGUUGGUGAAAUAUUACUUGCAUAUGAUUAUGACAAAAUGGUUCCAUGUUAUGGAUUUGGUGCUAAUCUAAAUUAUCCAACUAUGAGAUCUGGCUAAGUUUCACAUUGUUUUCCAUUAUCUGGAGAUCCUAAUUAAAUUAAUGCUUAUGAAUUAUAAGGAAUUGCNUAUCAUUUUCAUUGUAUAGAGAGAUGGUUAAAGAAUAGAUAAACAUGUCCAUUAGAUAAUAGAAAUUGGGAGUAUCAAAAAUAUGGUUGA